AUGACAGAACCUUUAACCAAGACCCUUUGCUUGAGUUGUACGAGUGGAAAUGAUUUGGAUGGAAGUCAUUCCUCACUCUUUGUUUUUGAUGGAAUGGACGGAAGUGUAAAAUAUUCCAUCCUAAAAGGUCUCAACGAGAGUAAGAAAGGCCAAUCCAAAGUUUUAGAUUUCAAUCAUAUUGGAAUGGAGUAUAUCAUGAAUUCUGUUUCUAAUUGUUUGAAUAUUUGGAAAUUGAAUAAUGAGUCAAAGCAAUACGAAUUGUUACACCAAUUGGAUGACCAUCAUCAAUAUGAUAUCACAUGCGUUAAGGUAAUCCCAGGAGAUGUUCCUCUCGUUGCAACUUCAGGUUUAGAUACCCAUAUUUGCGUGUGGAAUGUGGAGAGUGGGAAAUUAAUGAGCAAGAUUGGAUUGCCACACUUGAGUCCAAUCAAAUCCAUGUUUGAAGUGUUUGUUGUGAAUCAAAGGAUAGUUAUUCUAAGUAUUAGUAUGGAUGGAUCCAUGGUUCUCUCAUGCUGCAACAUGAAGGAAGACUCUCAAUGGAAGGAAACAUUGAUUGUCACAGCCUCCAACUCGGGUAGUUCCGUAUUGUGUGCAAGUAUUAUUUCCACAAGUACUCCUCGUGAAUUCUUAUGCUCGAUUUCAUAUCAAAAUAGGUCCAUUGAGCUGUAUUCAAUGAAACUAGUCCCACAGAGUGGUGAUACAUAUUCACUGGACUUCCAACUAUCCCAACCCUUUGUUCUCUCAUUACCAAGUGUUGCGAAUCACAUGAUUCUCACAAGAAACAAGCUAAUAUGUUCCAGCAGAGAUUGUACUGUGAGAAUGUUCUUACUUUCAUGUACUCCCAAUUUUGAUAGAGUCACAAGUUGCGACAUGGUUUCUCAGGUCGAUUGUGUGUCUUCGCAAUGUUUCUCGAUGGCCUUAACAUCUGAUCAAUCCAUUCUCUUGCUUGGCCUUUCAGAUGCCGCUAUUUAUUAUUUGAAAUUUAGUCCACGAUAUGAAUGGGAUUAUCCACGAUUUGAACUAGGCAAGGAUGAUCUUCUUUAUGACAAUAACAUCCACGCAUACUUGAAACCACCUUUUGAAGAGUUCAGUAUUGAUCAUGUGAAACGCCCACAAGAAGAUUUGAAUAGAAUCAAGUGUGUGAAAUUCUUGGAUCAUAUUUACAAGGGCAGAGAUGAAACCUACCUCAUUCAUCAUUUACUUUCAGAACUCGAAUGUCAACAUCUGAUUGCAAUGACUGAAAAGCUCUCUUAUGAAGAUUGCUAUGGCUAUCACAAAGAUUAUCGAUCCAACAAGAGAGUCAUUGUGGAAGACAAGAUCACUGCUCAAAUUCUAUUCGAGCGAGCCAAACCUCUCAUUCCACAAGAAUACGUCGACGAAAAUGGUCAAAUAUGGGAUUUGAAGUUUGCCAAUUCCCGUUGGAGAUUUUGUAGAUACACUCCAGGUCAACACUUUUUAGCACCACAUCAAGAUGGAUUCUAUGAAGUGGAUAAAAACACUCGAAGUUUCUUUACCUUCAUGAUGUAUCUGAAUGGAGGAUAUGAAGAGGGAAGAACCACUUUCAUUCAAGCAAAGAAUAAGGAAGGACCUCCUCAACCACCAUUUAGUGAAGUUGGUCAGGUUGAACCUCAUGCUGGGUUAUGUAUUGUAUUUCCUCAUCAUUUGUUGCAUUAUGGAUCUGUGUUGAAGAGUGGUGUGAAAUAUUUGAUGAGAAGUGAGUUGAUAUAUUCGAGAAGAAGAGUUCAAUGA